UAAUGAGAGGAAGAAAUUAGACGGCCGAAAAAAAGACAGUCAAGAUUAAAGAUAAUAAGAAAUCAAUCACUGAAUCACUAGAAAAUCAACCAAAGUUAAUCAAUAAACCUCCAUUAUCCAAAAUUCAAAAUAAUAAACUCUCAGAAUAACAGUCACCCCUAUAAUAAUAACUUGGAAUGGAAACUGUAGAUUCAUUUCUUAGAAAUUCAAAAUGAAAUGAAAAAUUCCAUUUAUAAUUA